AGAGCCUAUAUAAGGCGAGCGUUUUCCAACCUUCUUCAUUUGUGUUAAUCCGUAUCCGAAAUACAUAUUUUUUGAAACACAGGUGGACAUUUAUGAUUAUGAAGAUAUUAGCUCUUUGUUACGCUUUCGCGUUAUUUGUUUUUGCAACUGCAGAGCAGCAGCAGCAGCAGCCUCAAUGCAACCCCCCUUGCUCAACAGGUGAGAAAUGUGUUCUUCAAAGAGUGCAGUGUGUCAGGUUUCCCUGCGAUCCAGUUCCCGUGUGUGUCAAGGAUCCUUGUAACGGUUGCAAAGGUCUUUGCACCUCUGAGGACACUUGUGGAACGCCAUGUGACGUGAGAAGUUUUUGCCUCCCACCGCCGCCACCAACAGGAUGUGCGGCAAUGCUGUGUGCCGUGGGCCACAGGUGUGUGGAGGGUCCAGAUGGACAAGGGAGGUGCUUGCCUUCCUGCGCGCUGAUUGACUGUCAACCUGGAUAUGACUGUAUUGAAGGUCCCCUUGGCGGGAAAUGUGUUCCGGUAACGUGUAAGGUGACCGGUUGUCCGAAAGGAGAAAAGUGCGUAUCGUCGAAUAUCUCCGGGUACAGAUGUGUCUCCACGUGUGCUAUCCGACAUUGCGCUGAGACCCAGGUAUGCAGCGACACGCCGACUGGAGCAGUGUGCGACGAUGCCGAAUCCUGUGAUCAAGUCACGUGCAACCCAGGACGACGCUGUGUUGGCGGUCCAUUUGGCAGGGUCAGGUGUGUCGACACAUGCGCGACCAAGCGCUGUAUGCCCGGUUUUAAGUGUGUAGAGUCCCCAUUCGGAGCGCACUGUGUUGCUUUAACGUGCAGAGACCUGACAUGUAGGCCAUAUGAGAGAUGUGUGCAGCUUUCAACUGGAGCAAAAUGUGUUGGAACUUGCGCUCUAGUGCGAUGUGCACCCGGAUAUAAGUGUGUGGAGUCUUCAUCUGGAGCAAAGUGCGUGCCUCUAACGUGCAGAGACCUGACAUGUAAGCCAUAUGAGAGAUGUGUGGAGCUUUCAACUGGAGCUAAAUGUGUUGGGACGUGCGCUACGGUUCGCUGUCCCAACUGUAUUGAGACGGAUGAUGGACCAAAGUGUGUGCCACUGCCACCUACUUGUAACACUAUAAAAUGUCGUGAAGGAGAAACAUGUGUAUCGGGACGAACCUUCGUUUGCAAGAAGCCACCUUGUAUCCAGCCGUUUCCAAAAUGCGUGCCUAUUUGCGAGGCUCCAAAAGAUCCAGGACCCUGUAAAGCAGCAGAGCAGAUGUACUACUACAACUCCAAAUCCAAACAGUGUGAACAGUUCGUUUACGGCGGUUGCCAAGGGAACGGUAAUAGAUUCCGCACCAAGGAGGAGUGUGAACAGACCUGUAUCUUGACAUGUAAUGAUCUAAAAUGUCCAGUAGGCCAGCAAUGCGUCCAAGAACCGAUAUAUUGCACUCAUGAAUACAUGCCGCCUUGUCCCCAGCCGCCACCAAAAUGUGUUCCUAAGUGCAAAGGUGGCAAAGUGUGGAAUGAUUGUGGCUCCCCCUGUACCAAGACGUGCAAGGACCCAAACCCAGGUUGCAUAGAGAAGUGUGAACCAAAGUGUGAGUGCCCCGCUGACAAACCUAUCUGGCAUCGUGCUCGUUGCAUUGCUGCAAGUCAAUGUCCAGUCAAAGAAGACAGACCAUGUAAACGCCCUGGUGGCGGUUAUGACAACCCUCUGAGGAUCAACGGCCGUCAACUUUGCUGUGGAUUAUGUAUGCCAAGAGAUGAAUGCCCUACUGGUUAUUACUGUGACAUUCACCCAACUGAUCGAUAUGCGGUGUGCUGUCCAAACCGCCGAUAGAUGGAACUGUGUUGCAGGACAUACUGGCUAAUUUAAUUUUUUAAGCAUUCCUUUUUUACAGUUAAUAGAUAAUUAUCGUGGCUUUAAGCAUAACACACGGAGUGUGAUUUAGAUGACUGUAUGUGUGUGUUUUAUUUGGGGCAACAUUCCCCGUUGAGCUUAACCAAAUUUUUAUGUUUGUAUUUAUUGAGGUAUAAUAUUGCAUCUUUGUACUUUUGUGUCGCAAUGAUUGAUUAAUAUGAUGAAUAACUUUUUACAUGAGUUUGUGUUGUGAACUUGCUUCAAAAGGAAAUGGACAGGAAAAAAAUGGUUAUUAUUAUUCACUGAAAGUGACAAGACACUUCUUUCUGGUAAGUUGCUGCGAUUUAUAGUGCGGUUACAUUUAAAGACUUUAGACAUAUCU